GGUGCAUUCCACACCAGAGCAAUCAUCUUCUGCUGCAAUGGACAUCAGAUCUCGCCACUCCUUGCUAUAAAUACCCCUCUCAAUCCACUCUUCUUCUCCACCCUACAUCCCCUCUUCUCAUCAUCGUUCAUUUUAAUUUUCCGUUUUAGUUAAUUUCAAGUCAACGAUGACGAUCACGCCGGCGGUUCGGAUCGCCGAGAGGAAGCUGGUGGUGAAGGACCGCACGAUCCUGACCGACGUGCCGGAGAAUGUGGUGGCGACAUCGAGCGCCGCGGCGGAGGGGGUUUUUCUGGGGGCGGUUUUCGACCAGGCGAGCAGCCGCCACGUCAUCUCGCUGGGUACGAUCCGCGAGGUUCGGUUCCUAGCCUGCUUCCGCUUCAAGCUGUGGUGGAUGGCGCAGCGGAUGGGCAGCCGCGGCCGCGACAUCCCCCUCGAGACUCAAUUCCUCCUCGUCGAGUCCAACGACGGCUCCCACCUCGAGUCCGACCUCGACGGCGACGACGCGAACAAGCUCGUCUACACCGUCUUCCUCCCCCUCAUCGAAGGCCCCUUCAAGGCCUGCCUCCAGGGCGGCCCCGCCGAUGACCUCGAGCUCUGCAUCGAGAGCGGCGACGCCGCAGCCACCGCCUCCGCCUUCACCCACUCCGUCUACAUCGGAUCCGGCACCGACCCCUUCGCCACCAUCCACGAGGCCAUCAACGCCGUGAAGCUUCAGCUCGGGACGUUUAAGCUCCGUACCGAGAAGAAGCUCCCCGGCAUCGUGGACUACUUCGGAUGGUGCACCUGGGACGCCUUUUACCAAGAGGUGACCCAGGAGGGCGUCGAGGCCGGCCUCGAGAGCCUCAAGGCCGGCGGGGCGCCCCCCAAAUUCGUCAUCAUCGACGACGGCUGGCAGUCGACCGAAUCAGACCAGCCGGAUAAGGAGAAGGAGAAGGAGAAGGAGAGUGAAUUGGGCGCGCCAAAGCUGCAGAGGCUCACCGGGAUCAAGGAAAACGCCAAGUUCCAAAAGCAGGAUCCAGUGGCCGGGAUCAAGAGCAUCGUGAAGAUCGCGAAGGAGAAGCACGAUCUGAAAUACGUGUACGUGUGGCACGCGAUCACGGGGUACUGGGGCGGGGUGAGGCCCGGGGUGAAGGAGAUGGAGCACUACGAUCCGGCGAUGCAGUACCCUGAGCUUUGCAAGGGAGUGAUGGAGAACGAGCCAGGGUGGAAAACUGAUGCUAUCAAAAUUGAAGGCUUAGGACUUGUUAAUCCUAAAAAUGUGUACAGGUUCUACAACGAGCUCCAUAGCUACUUGGCCGCUGCGGGGAUUGAUGGAGUCAAGGUUGAUGCACAGUGCAUUCUUGAGACCCUUGGGGCUGGCCUUGGGGGCAGGGUCGAGAUCACGAAGCAGUAUCAUCAGGCUCUUGAUGCAUCUGUUGCCAGGAACUUCCCUGAUAACGGAUGCAUUGCCUGCAUGAGCCACAACCUCGAAUCGCUUUACUGUUCAAAACAGACUGCUAUAGUGAGAGCCUCAGAUGAUUUCUACCCGCGAGAUCCGAUUUCGCACACGAUCCACAUCGCAGCGGUGGCCUACAACAGUGUUUUCCUUGGGGAAGUGAUGCUCACUGACUGGGAUAUGUUCCAUUCUCUCCACCCUGCGGCAGAGUACCACGGCUCCGCCAGGGCUAUAAGCGGCGGACCUGUCUACGUCAGUGAUGCGCCUGGGAAGCACAACUUUGAUCUUCUAAGGAAGCUCGUUUUGCCCGACGGCUCGAUCCUCCGUGCCCGCCUCCCCGGCCGCCCCACCAAAGACUGCCUCUUCUCCGACCCCGCCCGCGAUGGCAUCAGCUUGUUGAAGAUAUGGAACAUGAACAAAUACAGCGGAGUGGUGGGAGUGUACAACUGCCAAGGCGCGGCGUGGAACAGUGAGGAGAGGAAGAACACCUUCCACCAAACCAACUCGGAGGCGAUCACAGGGUACGUGAGGGGCCGCGACGUCCACCUCAUAGCUGAGGCCGCGGUCGACGACCACUGGGACGGAAACGUGGCUGUCUACGCCCAGCGCAGCGCCACUCUCCUCACGCUGCAGUACAACGUGGCCCUGCCCGUCUCGCUCAAGGUGCUCGACCACGAGGUCUUCACGGUCACGCCCGUGAAGACGCUCUCCUCCGCCUCCUCCUUCGCCCCGUUAGGCCUCAUCGACAUGUUCAACGGUGGCGGGGCACUGGAGGGGUUGAAAUACGAGGAGUCCACUGUCUACAUGGAGGUGAAGGGCUGUGGCCGAUUCGGCGCCUAUUCGUCGGUGAAGCCUAGCAAGUGCACGGUGGGAUCGGCUGCGGUGGAGUUUGAGUACGAGGCUGGGUCGGGCUUGCUCACGUUCGACUUGGCGGACAUGCCUGUUGACAAAUUUCACUGUGUUGAGAUUCAGUUAUGAACUUGUAAGUCUAGGCUUUGAAUUGAGAAGGGGGGACUGGUGCAUUUUUAUUAGUAGCUUUUGCUUCAAUUGGUUGUACCUUUGGUUGCAAUUCAUGCUGUAGAAUUGGAUAAUGAUGUAAUAGGAAAUGGUUACUGCCUAAUAAAAUAAAUUGUCUCGCCCACCAA